AGAGACAUUAACAUAAAAUAUGUCCACUCUAGUAAAUGCUCAAUCUUAUUACCUCAAAAUUCCGAUCAUUUGCACCACAAAGCUUGAAAGAGCCGCCAUAGCCAUCUCCCAAGACUAGUAAUAUUCCAUUGAAAUUUCAAAUCCUAAUUAAGUGAAUUAUUCACAACGGUCCAAACUCUUAAUAUAGCAACUCACCCCUAUAAAUUUCUACGUCCGUCUUUGAAUUCUAUCACAAUAUAUUGUAAAACAACAAAACAUACAAAGAUAAGCCAAUGGCAAGACUUAGCAUAUGUGUGUUUAUUUUGCUAUGCGCGUUUGCGGCUAAAACAGCCGCUCAAACAGCUUCUAACGUAAGAGCUACUUACCAUUACUACUAUCCCGAGCAAAACGGUUGGGACCUUUACAAAGUAAGUGCGUACUGCUCAACGUGGAAAGGAAACCAACCGCUCGAAUGGCGUAGGAAGUAUGGCUGGACAGCUUUUUGCGGUCCGGUCGGACCGCGUGGUCCUGAUUCUUGCGGAAGAUGCUUAAGAGUAACGAAUACUGCGACCGGGGCACAAGCUACUGUGAGAAUCGUGGAUCAAUGCAGUAACGGCGGUUUGGACUUAGACGAUGGCGUUUUCAAACAGCUUGACACCAACGGUCAGGGAUACGCUCGUGGGAACAUGAUUGUCAACUAUGCCUUUGUCAAUUGCUAAAAGGCUUUCAAGUUUCAUACAACAUUCACCGUCUGCAGCUUCUUAUCAUCAUCACCUUUCUUAUGUUGUAGGAUAAAACCAUAAUCUCUUUUAUAUGUUGUAAGAUAAAAUAAAUACCACGAGCUCACUCCAUAGUAAAGAUAAAUCAUAAUUAUAUGUUUGUGUGUAA